AUGCCAAUUAAAAGAACUAGAACUACUACUGCCUCGGCUGAAUCUAAUUCUGCGAGCAAAUCAGCUAGAGGACGUGGGAGGCCACUUUCAGCUUCUCAAACUCUAAAUACAUACGGAAAACGUGAACAAGAACACGUAGUUGCAGAUACAGAACAAGAUUUGAUGCAAAUCGAUAAAUCAAGGUCAGCUAAUGUUGAAAGCCCACAAAGCUCACCCAGACUAGGAAUUCAAGAUUCACAGGAUUCACAAAUGGAAUUUAUACAAGAAGGUCUUAAUAGAGUAACAGUACGAGGUGACUCUUUAUCUAACAUGCCACCUCGUGCACCUAAAUAUCGUAGUAAAUUCGCUAUAGACGUUCAAACCCCUACAAUUAUUGAUCGUGGUUCAGAGAUUACUUCUGUUCUUGUUAUUGGUAAUAAUGAUGUAGGACAGUUGGGCUUAGUUGAUACAGAAGAAGCUUUAAAUCCUGUUUGCAUUCGGGAUCUUGAUAAGUUCAGGAUAGUAGACAUUAGUGUAGGGUGUCUUCACACCGCGGCUUUGACUCGUGAUGGAAAGGUUAUCACUUGGGGAUGCAACGAUCAUGGCGCAUUGGGGAGAGUCACAAGUGACGAAGACGACAAAGAAUUACCACCAAAUGUAGGCAGAGAGAACGUACCUGACUACGCACAAGGUCUUGAUGGUGUUACCAUAGUAAAAGUAGAGUGUGGUGGUAACAUUACGUUGGCCUUGUCAGAAGAUGGUCAAAUAUACAUGGCUGGAACAUUCAAGGACAAAAACGGUGUUUUGGGAUUUUCUGCCAAGGAGAAACAACUUCUCCAACAGUCAACGUUUAUAAGAUAUGACUCAACUACUAAAUUCAAGAUCGCUGAUAUAGCAACUGGAACGGAUCACGCAUUGUUUUUAACGACUGAAGGAUUUUUAUAUGCCUGGGGAAGCGGAGAUGCCCACCAGCUUGGAAGAAGAGUUUUGGCGCGUCAUGUUCGAGAUGGCUUGAAUCCAGAGAAAAUCGCAGUCAAAGGCAUUGAGAAAAUCUUUGCAGGUUCAUAUCAUAGUUUUGCAGUUGCAGAAAAUGGAACUGUUUAUGCUUGGGGAAUGAACAACUACGGUCAGUGUGGAAUAAGAACACGUGAUGAAUAUAUCACACAACCAAUAAGAAUAGAUUUUUUUAAAGAUCUGCCAAAGGUACGACAAAUUGCAGCGGGAGAACAUCAUACGUUGGUGCUUUUAGAGGACGGGUCGAUAUAUAGUUUUGGCCGGGCGGAUUAUGGACAAUUAGGAAUAGGUGAUGUGCCGGAAGACGAUGAUGAAGAACCACAAAAAAUAGGACAAAAAGUUACUACACCAACUAAUAUUAGGAACUUUGUUCCGUGUAAAUUCAUCGCAGCUGGAGACUUCCAUUCUAUUGCAGCUAGCAGUGAUAAUGAUAGAUUGUAUUCAUGGGGGUUUGGAGAGCCAUUUGGAAUUGGUGACGAAGAGAAAAAGGAACCAUAUCUACUAUCCGAUGGAAGUCUUGAAGGACGAUCCAUCUUGGCAAUUGGUGGUGGAUCUCAACAUACCGUAAUAUUAGUUCAGUGA